AACUUUUCAUAAUGCCGAAAAAGGUACAUACCAUGAAGAAAAUGCUAUAAAGCCCUGGGGUACGGACGUUCUGUAAUGAUGCCAUACACUUCCACCUGUUCCAAUUAAGUCUUUGGCACCUUUGGUACUUGCAGUGUCUUGACUUACUACUGUCUUCUGGCCUCACUUACCUUACUGCUUGCCUACUUCACCCUCCCGUUACUUGUACCUCUCCAAUAAGCUACCUUAUGUCUAACGCAGACAGCUCUACAGAGCUUGUCUUGCAGAUAUGCUUUGGUAUAUUUGGUGUCUUCAGUACCGUUGCUACCCUGGCUGGUCUUCACCAUCAUGUUUCGCUUGGCUGCGUUUUAGUUCGGCGGCUAAGGGGCCGCUCCAUCCCUCAUGCCCAUGACCUCGAGGUAGAGGCCGCCAAUACCAGCCUUGAGGACCUUGAUGUCAUUGCCGACUAUUCGACCCCACCCGUGAGGAGACCUACACUACCGCCUUCCUACAAGCAGUCCGGUGAGAGCUCCCACUUUGGGAGCUUUCUGAAUGCCGAUAUCGAUGUUGUUCCUUCCAAAAGUGAGCCUAAUAUCUCACAACAUUGAGUGGAAGGGAAAACGACACAUGCGACUGAGUUGUCAGCUGGUAUGUCCUCCAUGGAAAGAAGGCUUGGGGGAUCGUCAUGGCGCAUCUCUUUGUCAUGCAGAUGUUGUAUAUUUUUACCCAUUUUCCUUCGUUACAUACGCGAAAAGCUAUGACGAUAGGUGUACUCCAGUAGUCCGUGUGCAAAGACAAUCUAAAUCAUGUUGCU